GGCAUUUAUCAUGGGGAAGCUAUGUGAGCUGGCCCUGGUGUCUCUGGCCCUCCUGGCUCUGCUUCAUACUGACUCUACAUGGGCCAAGAGAAGUGGCAGCAGUAGCAGCAGCAAAAAGUCUUCAUCCAACAACAGGGGCUCAGAAAAAAAGCCAUCAAAAACAUCAAACACGCAGACAGGAAGCUACCCCAGACAACCACAGAGCCCCAACAGGAACCCUAACUCAUACCCAGCAGGAGGUAGUUAUCCAGGGAGAGGUACCAAUCAAAACCAGAACCCAGCCGGUGGAUACCCUGCAGCAGGUGGAAACCACAACCAGCAGUAUCCAGGCCGGGGAACCAACCAAGGAGGAUAUCCUAACCAAAACCCUGCUGCAGGUGGCUAUCCUGCUGCAGGUGGCUAUCCUGCUGCAGGUGGCUAUCCUGCUGCAGGUGGCUACCCCAACCAGCAGUAUCCAGGCAGAGCCAAUCCUGGGGGAUAUCCAAACCAGAACCCUGCAGCUGGAGGUUACCCAGCCGCUGGUGGCUAUCCUGCAGCAGGUGGCUAUCCUGCAGCAGGUGGCUAUCCCAACCAGCAGUAUCCAGGCAGAGCCAAUCCUGGGGGAUAUCCAAACCAGAACCCUGUAGCUGGAGGUUACCCAGCCGCUGGUGGCUAUCCCAACCAGCAGUAUCCAGGCCGGGCAAAUCCUGGGGGAUAUCCAAACCAGAAUCCAGCAGCGGGUGGUUACCCUGCAGCAGCAGGCUACCCCAACCAGAAUCCAGGAAGAGGAGGAGUCAAUCCGGGAUACCCAGCUGGAGGUUACCCAGUAAGAGGGGGAAAUACUGGACAAGGCUGGGGGCAGGCAGGGGGCUACCCUGGUGGAGGGAUGGGAGGAGGUUACCAACCCAACUGGAACCCAAACAAUAAGAUCCUCAGUCCCCGCUAUGGUGGAGGCUAUGGUUAUGGAGGUGGGCAUGGGGGUAUGGGAGGUGGCUCUCCCUUCUCACGCUCAGUUCAGGGUAUGGGGCACUACCCCUCUACUCAGUCCAAGGGCUUUGCUAAGAAGGCUCUUAUGGCCGCAGGGGUUGGGGCCGUGGCAGGUAUGGCAAUAGGCUAUGGCCUUGGGCGUUUCCCUCGCCCACACUUUAACUUCCGCAACCCUCAGGAGGAGCAGUCCUACAACAACUACAUGUACAGCAAAUACGGCGAACGCUCCACAGACGAAAACGACUAUGGCCGGGACUAUACCUACAAAGUACCACCGCGGGCAGAGUCUUACGACAGCUUCAUGGAUACCUGCAUGAAGAGGAACGACCUUCUGCAGGAUCAGGGCAGCGACUCCCAGGCCACACCUAACAACCAGAGGAACAACCCCCAGGUAGCCAACAGCCAGAGCAUGCCCAUCACUCCUGAGGUGGAGAACAGCAGUCCAGCUAGCAACCAGGAGGGAACAGACACAGUGAAGCCUCUCACCCCAGCCCAUGUGGAGAUAGCUGGAGAGGGUAAGGGUAAGGAGGAGGAUGACGGCCCAACAGUGAGCAUUGAGGAGAUUGGUUACCCUGUGUUGGUGGAGCAGCUGAAGAACCGUAAGUGUGUGGAGCUGUACAUGAACUACUCAGAGCGCUUCCUGGAGAAGCAGACAGCUGAACGCAGCAGCAGCGGCAGCAACAACAACAACAACAACAAGUAUGAGAACAGUCACAGUAACCCCCUCGGCCAGGGGCUGGUACAGCUGAUAACCACCCUCCUCAUGGUCCUGAGCAGCACUCUCCUGCUGCAG